AAAUAACUUCCACGCGCUGCUUUUUCCAUCCUCUCUUUGAUUGAUAUCUCUCUGCUCUGACCAAAUCGUGUCACUUCUUCAUCUUCUCCACUUUACCAAAUCGCAUCGAUUCUAGCUAGGUUUUAUUUUCGUAUUUGUCAAAUUCUGGAAUCUGGGUUUUUUGUUUCCUUCUCGAUACCUUUGAAUCGCAUCUCUGAUCCAGUUCUGGGAUACUAGCCCCUUGUUCGUUUUACCUGUGAACUCGAAUUCUCUCAAAGUCGCAUACCUGUGAAAGAAGACAUGGAAGUCUUAUCGCUGGCCUCACUACCGGUGGGGUUCAGAUUUAGUCCGACGGACGAGGAGUUAGUCAAAUACUAUCUCCGGCUUAAGAUCAACGGCCACGAUGACGACGUCAGAGUAAUCCGUGAGGUCGAUAUCUGCAAAUGGGAGCCAUGGGAUUUGCCCGAUUUUUCUGUUGUGAAGACAACAGACUCAGAGUGGCUCUUCUUCUGUCCAUUGGACCGGAAGUAUCCGAGCGGAAGUAGAAUGAAUCGGGCCACUGUGGCUGGCUACUGGAAAGCUACUGGGAAAGAUCGCAAGGUCAAAUCAGGCAACACCAAGAUUAUAGGCGUUAAGAGGACUCUAGUCUUCUACACAGGUCGUGCUCCUAAGGGCUCACGAACCUGUUGGAUUAUGCACGAGUACCGUGCAACCGAGAAGGAUCUUGAUGGAACAAAGUCUGGCCAGAACCCAUUUGUCAUAUGCAAAUUGUUUAAGAAGCAAGAUGUUGUGAAUGGAGCAGCGCCAGAGGAUUUAAAGUCGAGUGAAGUCGAACCAGCAGUCUCGUCUCCAGCUGUUGUGGACGAGAUGAAGUCCGAGGUUGAACUGUCUGAGGUAUCUCUGGUUUUCCCUAAAACCGACGACGACGAUGCAAAGCCUUCAGACAACGGGGAAUCUUCUCUUGUAGUCUCCGGUGAAUGUCAUAGUGAAAACUCUGCCCCUGAAGUUACAACCACCGAGCAGCUUGACCAUAUCGAUUGGCAGUCAUAUCUGGAGUUGGAGUCCCUGGAUUGCAAUCUGUACUCUCCGUUGCACUCUCAGGUGCAAUCAGAGCUUGGUUUUCAGUCUGGUUCAAACGACUUGUUCAGUAACCAGAGUGUGGCUCACAUUCAGACUCAGUACGGCACAAACGACGCCGACGAAAUGAUGUUCGAGCUCUUGGAAUCGGCUCUUGAGAUUCCCUAUGAGUUUCCAGAGACGAAACAUUUAGCUCUACCGACGCUUGAACAAAGUACAUAUGAGCCACAGAAUCCUGUCAACAUAUGCAACAUGAUCAAUGAUGUAUCUGGAACAGGAAUCAAGAUUAGGGCACGACGGACACAGGCCCCGGGUUGUGCUGAGCAGUUUGUAAUGCAGGGAGAUGCCUCAAGAAGGCUGCGUCUUCAGGUUAACCAUAACAGUCAGAAGCCAGAAACUGUCAAGAAAGAGGUGAUGGACACAGCAAGAGAAACUAUAACGAAAGGGUGUGGAAAUUUCAUGAGAUGGAAUAGCAGGAGCGGUUUCAUAUUCAAGAAGAUUGCAGCUAUGGGAUGUUCAUACAAAGGGCUUUUCAGCGCGGGCGUUGUAGCGGUUGUCUUUGCAAUGUCGGUUUGCUGUCUAACCGCAAAAUUCCGCUGAAGCUUUGUGUUUUUCAGUCAAAUUCAUGGUGAUGAGAAUAAAGGAAGAAGGUGGUUUUACGGGUUGAGAGCACGGAUUUGUGUAUAAAAUAGGGGUUUGGCCGGGUUCUUCAUCUCUCCUUCUUCUUCUUCUUGUUGUUGUUCGCUUAAGCUUAACUAAGACUGGUUUAGGAGGUAGUAGUUAACUUGUAUUGCUCAUAGUUUACAGUUCGUAUGUGUUUAAGAUCAUCUAAAAGGACUCUUAGAGA